UAUCAAACCUAUAAUAAAUGUAUUUCCUCCAAACACUUCAUAUAUAAGUGUCCAUACACAUAUACCGAUCGAUCAAUAUCAAGUUAUCAACCUUCUUAUUUCUCCUCUGCUUACCAAUUUCUCUCUGUACUCCAAUGGAGGGAAGUAGCAGCGCAGAUGAAAGUGACACAAUAUCUGCCACCGCACCGGCGUCUAUCCCCUCGCCGGUAAAGUGGCCGGAAAGUUUCUGCCGGGUGGGUAGCGGCGCGAGUGUGAUCAUAGACGCCGAGAACGGCGUGGAGGCAGAGUCAAACCGGAAGCUGCCGUCGUCAAGAUUCAAAGGGGUGGUCCCACAGCCCAACGGCCGUUGGGGGGCUCAAAUUUACGAAAAGCACCAGAGGGUCUGGCUGGGGACGUUCAAUGAGGAGGAGGAAGCGGCCCGGUCUUACGACGCCGCCGCCGUCCGCUUCCGCGGCCGUGAAGCCGUCACGAACUUCAAACCCCCGGCUGGGUUCUCACAAAACGGAGAUUUCAAGAACGCCGUCGAGGUGGCGUUCUUAAAUUCGCAUUCUAAGCUGGAGAUUGUCGACAUGCUUCGUAAGCACACGUACGGCGACGAGUUGAAACAGUUUAAGGACGCGUUUGGCGGAAUUGAAAAUGGGGAUGGAAUUAUUAUCUCGCCCACUUUCACAAAGCCGGCGAGAAACAAUAACUCAUCCCGCGAACCGCUCUUCGAGAAGGCGGUGACUCCGAGCGACGUCGGGAAGCUGAACCGGCUCGUCAUCCCCAAACAGCACGCGGAGAGGCACUUCCCUUUGCAAAACGGCGCCGGGGCGGGGCCGAAAGGGAUUCUGCUAAACUUCGAGGACCAAAGUGGAAAAGUUUGGAGAUUCCGUUAUUCAUACUGGAACAGUAGUCAAAGCUACGUGUUGACCAAAGGGUGGAGCCGGUUCGUGAAGGAGAAGAGCUUGAAAGCGGGCGACGUCGUUUCGUUCCAGCGUUCGACCGGCCUUGAACAGCAGCUUUUCAUUGACUGGAAGCAGGCCGGUGGAAAUGGGAUGCCUCCGGUUCAGCCCAAACCAACCGGAUCGUGCUUCGGCCGGGGUCACCCGGUUCCAGUGGUCCGGCUCUUCGGGGUGAACAUAUGGAAUGUGGGAGACGACGUUAAGGGUAACGGCGGUGAGAUUGCCGGCACCUGCGGUGGCGUGAAGAGGCGGAGAGAGAUGGAGUUGUUGGCGGUAAAGGGUGAUAAAAAGCAGAGAGUUAUUGAUGCUCUGUAGCAUAAACAUCAUAUUCCAUUCUAUACACCGAAGACUCAUUUUUUUUCCAGUUUUCAUAACAUUGUGAAAUUUCAAAUGUAUAUUAAGUGAUGAAAAAAAUGUAACCAGUUAAGGUAAAAACAUGAAUAGAUUGUGUUUUAGUCCAUAAUGUCACAAUUGAACAUUUGAAGGAGCCACAUUUACCCACAUAUAAUUGAAUCUCCUGAUUU